UUCACAUCCAAGUCCAAGGCAAUCAGUGGGAAACCCCGCCAUUUUCACCCUCGGCGCAACGGGAGCACUCAUCACCUACCUCAACCUCACACAACAUCCAUGAGAAUGCCCCUGCCGCUAUCCCCUCCCCUACACAACCACAGAAAAAGCAAGCGACCGAACCAUGCUAACCCCAGCAACGCAGACGCGCCCCUCGGCCUCCUGGGCCUGGUCUUCAUCGCCGGGUCCCUGGUGAUGCUCUUCCUGACCAUCCUGGCCGGCGUGUCGUGGGUCCCGCCGCUGCGCGACACGUACUUCCUGCGCGCCGAGACGCUGGGCAUCCGCGGCGCCCGGCCCGUCACCCAGUGGACCUUCUUCUACGUGUGCGGGCUCGACAACAUUGGGUGCGGAUACCCCCAGGCCGCCAUGGGCAUCGGGUCCGACGCCUGGGCGCCCGGCGGCUUUGGCGUCCCGCGCGAGCUCGUCGGCGAGUACGCCGGUGGCACCACCAGCCACUACUACUGGUACAUGUGGCGGUUCGGAUGGGUCUUCUUCAUCAUUGGUCUCUUCUUCGAGGUCAUUGCCUUCUUUGUCGGCUUCCUGGCCUGUCUGGGUAGGUUGGGCGCAGCCAUGGCGGGGCUCGUCGCCGGCACUGCGCUCUUCUUCAACACCCUUGCUGUGUGCCUGAUGACCGCAACCUUUGUCAAGAUGCGCAACGCCUUCCUCGCCAACCGCAUCCCCGCCCAGAUCGGCGCGCACGGCUUCGGUCUGGCCUGGGGCGCCUGGUUCGCCCUCCUCAUCGCCGUCGGUCUCUUCUUCGCCGGAGUCGCCGCGGGCGGUGGUCGCAAAAAGUCGGACCACGUCCACUCCACAUCGCGCGGUUCGCGGCGCAACAGGAGCCGUGGUUCCAACCUUGAGAUUGGCAGCAGGAGGAGGGUAAAGGAGGAGUACAACUGA